AUGGCUUUCCAUCACAGGAAUCACAAAAGGACACAUGGGUGCAACUUUUAUGGUAAACACACCAAAGGGAAAACGUUUCUAACUACAAAUAAGAAGAAACCUGUCCAUCCAAAAAGUCGCAAAGCUGUGCAAAUUGUGAAGCAGAUCAAAAGGAGCGUCAAAGCGGAGCAGGCACAAAAACAAGCCAAUAUGAAGCUGCAGCUUCUGGGCGUGAAGCUGGCUUUCUUUGUGGAGAACCUGGACCCUUCCUUGCAGGUGUGCUCGCGAUCACAGCUUGACGAACUCAUAGAGAAGUACAUUAGCCGUAACGACGAAGAACUGCAAACGCUUAGUUCGAAAAAACUCGUUCAUGGCAAUGUACGUCAACACGCUGCCCGCGAGGACGCUCUGCAGUUCACACGUUCCAUGGAGCGCAAAGAAUACGAUGAAACUGGUUUCGAAAUGGUGGACGUUUUGGACCCUCAGACAUUCCGACGGUUCAAGGAAUGGCAAGGUGACCUCAAAGUUGUGCCUUCGUUCAAACUUCGUUCAUAUGUCAAAAGUAGUUUAUUAAAAAGCAAUACAAAGAACUCAUCCUGAUGAAAUGAUGAGCUUGCUGUCA